AUGAUUAUCACCACAAGCCGUCCAUCUUCAUGCAUCAACGACCACCCAACUCAUCACCAUCCACCAUACACUUAUACCACCUCACACCAUCACCCAUCCACGUCUUCACCAACCAUCCACCACAUCACCCCAUGUCAUCCUAAACUCUGCAACCACCUAUCACCAGGCACCACCUAUCCACACUCAUUCACACCAUCAUCAGCACCGCCCAGCAACCAUCCACCUCAAUCCCCCUCUCACACACGCUCUCAUCAACCAUUCCACACCCCACAUGCUACCUCAUCACCACCACCGUCCAACUCAUCACCACCAUCAAUCACCACUCCUCACCCACAAUCAACCAUCCACAUCAUCAACCAUCACCAAUGCCACCGCACCCUCAAAACUCACCACCUCAUCACCACCCCCGUCUACUCAACCACCCACCAUGCACCUCAUCACAUCACCUUCAUCCCACCUCCAACCAUCACCAUCCACGUCAUCACCAGCCAAACACCAAACCAUCCACUCGCAUCCCCCUGCAUCAAUCCUACUCAUUCACCACCAACCAUCCAACUCAUCAACAACUAA